GCCAAAACUACUUCAAAAUAUUAAAAAAUAUUCAUUCGUUUUUUAUGAAAUAACAAUGUAUUAUUUCAAAUAUUUUCCAAUUAACGCCUGCAUUUACUACUUUUAAUUCAUAAGGUGCAAUCUUAUCACUUAAAAACUAUGUCUAUUGAAAAAAAAACAAGACAAACGAUUCAUAAUACAACUAAAGACAUAGUGAAAGAAAUUAGCGUGGCUAAUGAGACAGAAUUUGAUAAAGAUUCUAUUGAACUUAUCGGAGAAUUAGUGUAUAAAAAGUUGCUGUUAUACGGAUCUGAUUUGGAUGCUUUUCAAAAGCACGCAAAGAGAUCUACUAUUACGACUGAUGAUGUUAAAUUACUAGUCAGAAAUAAUCAAUCCCUAGUUGAACUGAUCGAUACCAAAAUACAAUUAUUAAAUUCAUUAAAAACAGUAGAUUUAUCUGCUGGAACUGGUAACAAAAGGAAGAGAAAAAUAACGAAAUAAAUGUGUUAAAAAAUCCUGAAAGCUUCCUUUAAAUAAGCCCUAAAAAAGCCAACCAAAUAAAUCUACAGAACACCUUGUUAAUGAUGUUGAUUAUCAAAUAUAGGUAUUAUAAAAUCAUAAUAAAGGGAACUAUUUUAUAAAGCAACUUUUUAUUUUCAAUACAUAUUUUGUUUGACACAGGAAAAUAAAAUAGUACAAAUAGUCACUUGUUUAAUAUACAAAAUGUAAAAUUAAAUGAUAGAAAAUUAGUGCAUGUGCAUUUUUCCCUUUGUAGAAGCAGAUAUUUGUUGAAAAUAAAUCGUUGUAAAACUUUAUUAUGUAUACAUCAG